AUUCCCCAACCACUGGUUUGUAAAAUAAAAAUUCAUAUUUUUUGUAAAUAAACAAGUUUAGCCAAAUCUCCGCUAAUUUAAUUUUUAUAAAAAUAUAUUUUACACUCUAUUAGGGUGAAGAAGCGUUUUAUUUUUGUAUUUAUUGCGAAAUGUCCAAAGUACCGUUAGGUCAUAAUUACAGUUACCAUUAGGUCCAAUGUUGUGUGAAUGUCCUCUAGAAAGUUUAGUCAAUAUUCAAGAAUAUUUCAAAAUGGCAACAAAAGAGUUCGAUGAUAUAUUGAAAACAAUUAACCGAAAAUAUGAAAUGAUACAAACUUCGUGGGCGGACGAAAAAAAUUUCGAAGCGAAAUUUCGGACACAAAUUCCUAGGGACAAUGAAGAUUUCAAUCAACUGUGUGAUGAAUGGGUUGAUUUAUUUUCAGAAGCUACAAAUACAGUGUGGGCGAAAAAAAUAUCGAAUACAGGUCCUAAAAUUAGGUUUCGAAAACAGUACCAGUGUUGGACCCAUGGGGGUAAAGUAGUCCAAAAAGAUUUAUUAUUUGAUGCUCGAAGAUGCAGAGGCACAUUGGAUGUAAAAGUAUUAACAGAUAACCCUUUAACCAGAAGAAAAAAUAAGCAUAUUCGGGUCGGGUUAAAUGUUGUUGUCAAGAUAAAUUUUAAUCAUUUGCAUGCAGUAGAUACAAAGCAACCUCAUGCUUUCUUUGUACAUCAAUGUGAGCCACUAGCAGAAGCACCAAAACCUCACAUUCUGCCAAACAAUAGGCUUCAGCAGUUGGUUGCCGAUAUGGUUCAAAAGGGUAUAAACUCUACACAAAAAUUACUUGAAGCAAAUAAUGUUAACAAAAUAUUGGAAGUGGUGGACAAAGAAGAAAAUCAAAAUUCAAGUGAGCAAAACAUGACAAACUAUUCAGCCAAAAUUUUGGAUAUUACUGAUGAACCAAAAGGAUUAGAAACUCAUCAAAAAUCAGUAACCCAGGCAGCUAUGAUAAAGGUUUUGGAUAACAAGGGUAAUAAACACGAACCUAUUUAUAUACCAUUACCAUCAUUUGGAGAAGCAAGUGAGUUUAUAACUGACCCAUUAGCUUUACCAAUGAACCAACAAACCAUUAUGGUACAAAAUUGGGCAUCAAAUAUGGAGACCGUUAAAUUGGAGUUGCAGCCUCAAUUGCAGCCAUUUACUCAAUUAGUUGUAAGUGGCCCACAACUAGACAUGUCUGAACAUUUACUAAUGUUUGAUGCAACUCAAGUUAUACCAAUAACUGCAAACCUAAACUCUCAUUUUGUCCAACUUCAUAACAUACACAAUCAAGGGCAAUUUUUAUAAUCACUUUCAAAAGUUAUUCAUUUUAGUUUAUAAACCCCACUUAGGUUAGGCAAAGCUCUUCCAAAAGAUAUAUUAAUUACAUACUUUGCACCUAUUAUUUAUUUAAGGCAUUUUUUAUUCAAAACUAAGUUCCUAUAUCUACUAAGUAAUAGGUACAUACAUUUUACAAAUUAUGAUAAACAAUUUUUAGCAUAAUAUUG